AUGGCGGGGAGGUACGACCGCAACCCCUUCGACGAGGAUGACGUCAACCCCUUCGCGGGAGGAGGUGUACCCCCUGCUUCUAAUUCUCGGAUGCCACCCCUUCCUCACGAACCUGCUGGAUUCUAUAAUGAUCGCGCUACCGUGGACAUACCUCUUGGUUCAUCGAAGGACUUAAAGCAAAAGGAGAAAGAACUGCAGUCGAAGGAGGCUGAGCUUAACAAACGGGAAAGAGAACUUAAAAGAAGGGAAGAAGCUGCAGCUAGAGUUCCAUAUUUCACUACCCUGCCUCUCAGUGUCAUACUAUCUUCCUUUUCAUUUGCAGCUGGUAUUGUCAUUGAAACGAAAAACUGGCCACCAUUUAUGCCCAUCAUUCAUCAUGACAUUUCAAAUGAGAUACCAAUCCACCUACAAAGGAUGCAGUACCUUGCAUUUUGUUCAUUGUUGGGAUUGACGUUAUGCCUCUUUUGGAACAUCAUUGCAACUACCGCAGCAUGGAUUAAAGGGGCAGGUGUUGUCAUCUGGUUGCUAGCAAUUAUCUACUUCAUCUCUGGUGUCCCUGGGGCCUAUGUGCUAUGGUAUCGGCCGCUUUAUAAUGCAAUGAGGACUGAAAGCGCUCUGAAGUUUGGAUGGUUUUUUCUGCUGUACUUGAUCCAUAUAAUAUUCUGCAUCUGGUCAGCUGUGUCUCCCCCAUUUCCUUUCAAAGGAAAAUCUAUCGCUGGGUUUUUGCCGGCAAUUGACGUCAUAGGCAGCAACGCUAUUGUGGGGAUAUUUUACUUUGUUGGAUUCGGACUGUUCUGCCUUGAAGCACUGCUCAGCAUUGUGGUCAUCCAGCAAGUAUACAUGUACUUCCGUGGAAGUGGAAAGGCUGCUCAGAUGAGGCAAGAGGCAGCACGUGGUGCUAUGAGAUCUGCCUUCUGA